ACUUCCUUCAUGGUAGUAGUUGGAUGGCAGGCAGCUGCUGGCUUGACACGUAACUGAAGUUAAAGGUGCUAUGGAGGCCUUGUAGGGGACUUGAGGAUUUACUUCACUCUUCUUAAGCGUCUUAGAAUUGGAAAUUUAUAAGUACGAGGGAGGAAACGCCGAGCAGCUGUUCAGUCGUCUGUCUCGGUUUGUUUUGCAUGUGAACAGCGCAGAGGGAGAGUUUGACGGCGAAAAUCUGAGCGGCUACUUUGAAGUCACAGGGGAGAGUCGUAAGUGGAUGGGGCAUUGCUAAAUAAUGUACACAUUGGGGAAUAUUAGCACUUAAGUCGUAUUUUCAGUGUGGAAAUGCUCGGGGAGGGGGGGUGUCUUUAGUCUACACCAGGUAGGAGGUGAAAAGUUGUGUCGGAAGUUUCCAGCAGCAGAGACGGGGCUUCCUCGCGGAGACAGCGGGGAGGGGUGUGGGUCCAACAUGGGGAACGGGGUGUGCUCCCGCAGGCAGCGCAGGAUCUUCCAGUUUCUCCUGUUGCUCACGGUGGUCUGCGGGAUGAUGUACGGGGGGAUGAUCUCGUACGAGGUGCACAAACAGCUCAAGAGGACAGAGGCGAUGGCGCUGAAGUACCAGCAACAUCAGGAGUCGCUCUCGGCACAGCUCCAAGUGGUGUACGAGCAUCGCUCCAGGUUGGAGAAGUCGCUUCAGAAGGAGAGACUAGAGCAUAAAAAAGCCAAAGAAGAUUAUCUGGUUUAUAAACUUGAAUCACAACAGUCAAUCAACAAGGAGAAGCAAGACUCCAACAGCAAGUUCAAUUCUCUCCAAGUGCAGCAUCAGAUGCUGAAGAAUCAGCAUGAAGACCUCAAGAAGCAGUAUUACGAGCUUCAGGACCAGCACCAAGUUCAGGUCGAGGAUCACGGCCGGCUGCUGGGCGAGCACAAAGAGCGCUACGACAAACUGCAGCAAGUCAAAGAGGGGGAAGUCUCUCAACUCAAAGAAAAUAUAUAUAACCUGAGAGAGGAAAAUAAACAGCUGAGGAAAGCCCAUCAUGAAAUCCACACACAGCUACAGGAUGCACAGGUUCGUCAUCAGGACCUGAAGACGUCCCAUGACCUUCUUGCACUGACACUUGAAGACCACAAGAGUGCGCUGGCUGCAGCUCAGGUUCAGGUGGAUGAAUUUAAGCAGCUGAAAGAUUCCCUGAACAGGGUGCCCAAUCCAAGAGAGCCUGAGCGAAACCCUGCACAAGCAGCUGCCGUAGCUCCUGAGUCCCAUGUUCAAGGCCAGUUACUCAAUCAUCCACAUAACGAUGAACCAGUCCAUGAGGAAGUUCAUAAGGACACUGAGUCCAGGUUGAACAAUCAAGAAGAGGAGGAGCAUGUUCAGUCCCAGCAUGCUUUGUCAGAAAAAGAGGAGGAUGGAGAGGGAGAAGCAGAGAGGAGGAGGGAGCUGGCGGAGGAGGAGAUGGCUCAAGCAGGACAGCCUCAGAAGCUGGAGGAGGAUCCUGAUCAACCUCAGGACGAGCAGCAAGAGGAGGAGCCACAACAGCCGGACGAGAACGCCCUGGAUCGACAGAGACGCCAGCCACUACCGGUUGUCCAUCCAGAGGCCCAGCUGCAGCGCGAGGCCCACGCCCAGGUCGAACGUGUAAAGUCAGCGUAUGAGCAGCAACAGGAGCAGCAGCGUCUGGAGGCCCAGAGGGCUGAGGAGCGCAGGCAGAUCCAGCUGCAUCAGGAGGCCCUGAAGGCUCAGAGAGACAGGGUGCUGAAGGAGAGGGAGCAGAGGCUGAAGGUGGAACAGGAGAGGGAGCAGCAGCAGCAAAGGGAUGCAGACAGAAGAGAGCAGCUGCUGAGAGAGCAGCACCAAAGAAAGAGGACAGAAUAUGAGAAUAUGGACAACGACAUUGUUCAGGGCGAAGAGGACCGUCACACUGAUGAUGAAGAAGAGAGAGAUGUUCAUAUGUUACAUGAUGACGAGGAGAGACAAGAAGCAGACCCCAGGGUGUCUCCUCAUCAGCGGGGUGCUGGGGAGGGCGAGAUAGACCCUGAGGACGAUCCGAACAACCAGGGAGAGGAUGAGUUUGAGGAGGCCGAAGAUGAGCCGCUGCAGCAGCAGCAGCAGCACAAGGUCACAGUGGAGGAAGAGGAGGUGGGAGAGGAUGAUGAGGAGCCUGCAGCACCAGCCCAGCACAAAGACGCACAUAAAGGACCUGAACAACCUGCUGUGGAGGAAGACCUGGUUAUUGCUGGAAACCCAGAUCAACAGGAAGACGCACUGGAUGACCAGUACCAGGAGGAAGUAGAGGACGAGGCUCAGGAGGACAUAGCUGGUGGGCAGAAGAGGGAGGAGGAGGUUGAGGAGGAAGGAGAGGAUCCAUAUAAUGAGGAGAACUUAGAACAGGAUGAGGUAAAAAAUCAAGAGGUACAAAGAAAGGAUGUGGCUCAUGGAAAACAGACAGAGAAUAAUGAGGAAGAGAAUUACGAAGAGGAAGAGGAGGAAGCAGAGGAUGAAAUGGCUGGUAAGGACAAGGGAACCAAUAGGAGGGCAGAGAUGUAAGCUGGGAUGCAGACUUUGACCAAUCGCAGUGCCUUUUUUGGCUGCCCUUAGAGCCUAUCAGGGUUUUUUUUCUCUUUUUUUUGCUCGUUUCCCAAAGGAAUUAAACCAGCCAUCCAUUCAGAAGCCUUAUUUGGAAAAUUGUGAUCUCAUGCCUGAAAGAUGGGAUGCAGUUCAAAAACUGUAGCGAUGGAACUGAGAAGCUUACACUGUGGAAAUGGACAUGCGUACAUUUUGGGUGGAAAUGGCAUGUAUACUGUAUUUUUUUAUUUUAUUCAUUUGCCUUUCUGUCUUCUCCCACGUCUGCCUGUUUGCCGCUUCUAAACUGAACCAGGCAUGCAGAGAAUGUAUUUUUAUCACGAGCUGUCUUUGAGUAUGUAUAAAGAAAGUGACGAUAAUUGAUGUUGUGUUAUUCUGAUUUCUUUAUGUUCAGGCUUUUAUAUGUAUGUAUGUUUUCUUUUUAGUGUUAAAAUUUUAAUUGAUAUCUUGUCAUUCCAAUCGAUCCAGUUGUUUGCUGUUAUUUAUUUUUUAUUGUAACAUCUCUGACAAUCAUAAAAAAGGUGCAAAAAUGUCCUUUAAUUUUUCAAGACUGAACUGAUUUGUUACACGAUUGCUUUUAUGUACUGACACACAGGACUAUUUUUAGUGUAUAUUUCUGCAAAUGCCAGUCAAAGAGAUAUUUCUAGUGAAGCUGUUAUGUAAGGAAAGUGUCACACUGACAUGUGCCUUUUACAUUUUCAGACACCUCUUCUAGGUCUUAGACAUUUUUCACUUGGAAAAGCAUAUCAAUAGGACAGGAGCGAUAAGAGCAUGCCAGGUAGAGCUGAACCUCUCGCGUAGUGCUUAAGCACGGCCUUAUAUGGAGUGGCUGUGUGUCACUUUAACUGCUGGUAUGAAUUCAAUUCACAAACGUUAUGCAAUUCACUUCUUUAGUAUACUGUUGUACAAUGUAUAGUUCAAUAAAUGAUGACAAUUUGUACAUUUUCCAACAGCUAUAUUUGAUACAAUAAAGUGGGAUUGGAUGGGGAUGAA